AGCGGCUGUUGUUUGGUUUUGACCCUGGUUUUGACGUUUAUACUUUUUCUGACGUUUACCUAACCUAAAAUCUCAACAAAUCUGUGAAAAAUCACUUUAUGAUUCAUGGAAUUUUUUCCUAGGCGGUAAAAUCUAUAUUGAGAUUAAAAUGAAACAAGGCGACGUUAACAUGACGAGUCAACAAGGGCUGCAACCUCAAGAAAGGCUAAAACAAUUAAUUAUUUACAGUAACUUGGUUGAUGUUGAUCCCAGUGUACCCCCAGCUAGAUAUUAUCGUUCUGGUUUGGAAAUGGUUAGAAUGGCAAAUGUUUAUCAUGCCGAAGGUAGUCUUGAAAGUGCAUACGUACUAUAUUUAAAGUUCAUGACAUUGUUCAUCGAGAAGAUAAGAAAGCAUCCUGAAUUUAAUACUGUCCCAACUAAGAUGAAGUCAAUAAUACAAAUUAAAUUAAGGGAAAUACUACCUAAGGCUGAAAAAUUAAAAGAAAAAUUAUUGCAAAAGUAUACAGUUGAUUAUAAUACUUAUCAAGCAGAAUUGAAGAAACAAGCAGAAUUACAAAUAUCUAGUCCAGAACCAAGUUUACCAAAUAUUGACUUACCAUCGUUUACACCUCCUACAACAAUUAUCUCAGAAACUGUUAAACCACCAAGUAUUGUUAAUGUUUCAUAUCCAGAUCCAGAUAUUGUAUCUGCACAAAAACCAACUGGGCCCUUAAUUUCAAAUAAACAUACACCAAGUGCUCCAAGUAUCGACAGAAGUUCUAAACCAUCUUCAACUUCAACUACAUUGGAUAAUUAUGAUAAAAAUAUACUUAGGACUGUUGUUAUUCCUGCAAAAGUCAUGACAAUGUUUCAAGUCAAAGCAGCUACAAAUACUGCACAAAAUAUUGAGACAUGUGGUAUUUUAACUGGAACAUUGGAAAAACAUGAAUUAAAAAUAACGCACCUAAUAAUACCAAAACAAAAAGGGACACCUGAUUCUUGUAUUACAACGAGCGAGGAGGAAAUUUUUGAUAUACAAGAUUCUUACAACCUAAUUACUAUUGGUUGGAUACAUACUCAUCCCACCCAAACCGCAUUUUUAUCAAGUGUGGACUUGCACACACAAUGUCCUUACCAACUGCUUAUGCCUGAGGCUAUUGCAAUUGUUUGUGCUCCAAAAUAUUCACAGAAUGGAUUUUUUAAUUUAUCAGAAUUUGGUUUAAAAUACAUUUCCGAAUGUACUAAAACCGGGUUUCACCCUCAUGUGACCUCACCUGAUUUAUUUGUAGUUGCAGAUCACAUAAAAAUCGACCAAACCUCCGAUUUAGCUGUGGUGGAUUUGAGAGUUGGCAAUGGACGUUCUAAAUAAAAAAAAAACAAACUUACAUAAUAAUUUCUUAAUAAAUAACAUGUUAUAAAUAUUAUUGUAUUAACUAGUUUAGCUUUUAUAUUUAUGAGAAUUUUGUAUUUACAAAAUUGCAUUCAAACUGUGAUUCUUG